AUGGCCGCAGAAAAACGGAGUCGAAAGAAUUCCAACCCAACUUUUAGACCAAGACGCCAUCAUUGCACCGUUCCUGGCUGUGGGAAAGCCUUCACACGUCUGUCCCACUUGCAACGGCACUCACUGAACCACUCUGAGACUCAAUGGGUCUGCAGCAGAUGCAAUGCCCCAUUUAAACGAUUAGAUCUUUUAGAACGCCAUAAGGCCCGUCAUUCGGUCAAGGAUAGGCUGGCAGGAGGUACAGGCCUUGGGAUCCUUCAAACUCGUAGGAAGACGUUUCAUGGAGCCACGCCAGUUCCAGAUGCUCUUAUUUCACCUGAAAGUCCCGGUACCGUGGAGGACACUCUGCCUGUGUCUCGAAAAGGUGCUUACCAGACAUCGACAAACCACCUGCUCCAGCAACAUCAAGCCGCAGUUAACAAAAAUGCAGCACCCGACGUCGGGAGGCCGGGACUCCCUGUCGAACUUGGCGCAUCUAGCAAUUCGUCUGAGAUUGCGGUACCGAUGCUCGAUGUAUCCGAGAUGGCUGCCGUGAUGAGCCCGUCAGCAAAUUUCGCUGAAUUCGGGAAUAUGUAUUAUGAUACAACCUUUGAUUCUGUGCACUUCGAUGUCAUGGGUAUAAAUCGUUUAUCCCCAGAACUUAGUCCGGUCAACUCAGCGGGAUCUCAAAGCGUUGAUGGCGUAGACUCUUACGAGAAUGACACCCAGGAAACGCAACCAUCGCUACCCCUUCGGUGCUCACCUCGGGGUCUUAAUUGGGCUGAAAUACAGCCCUAUCGUAUCGCUCCCACAAUAGAAGAUUCGGAUAUUCAGUUAUCCGCUAGAGGGAAGCGCAGUGUGAAUUUCAUACCUCAGCUUAACGCCUCAACAGUUUUACCACUCAGUUCUAAUGAAAUGAGACGGCGAUUAGAAGCUCCAAUCCACGAUGUAGUUCAGGAAACAAUAGAAGGGGAACCAACUGGUUCUUCCCAGCCCCAAAAUCAUCCGUCAUCUGAGCCUAGUGAGCUACAACUUUCAUCCACAAAACGAGAUGAAAUUCUCGAUCUGUUGUCAGAGAUCAGACCAGUAUUCCCCGAUGGUUCUCUUGUGGGCGAGAAAGCCCCUGAACUCUCACUCCAGAAUAUGCAAGAAUUCCUAGACCUAUUUCUACGUUACUUCAACACAUCCUACCCCAUGGUACACGUUGCUACCCUAGAAGCUAGCAGCGCAGAGCCUAUAUUUCUCCUGUCCAUGAUUGUCCUCGGCGCCACAUACAAAAACAAGGUGUCCCAUCAACUUUCUGUAUGCCUCUACGAUGCAAUCGUUCCGUAUAUACUCAGUGGUUUGAUGAGCAUCCCGCUUCCUGAUUUGUCGACACUGCAAGCCUUUCUCAUUCUGGAGUGCUAUGGCAUGUAUAGGGCAGGUCCCUAUCAGCGCGAAAAUGCCAUGUUGAUCCACACGCUGCUGUUUAGUGCUAUUCGUCGAGUGUCCAGGUACCAUGUUCGAGGAAGAGUAAUGCUUCCACAUCAUCUCUUCAAUCCCCACAGGCGAUGGAGGACCUUUUCACUAAUAUUGUUUUUCUUCAUGUGGGACACACAGAACGUAUCCUGCUACUCUUUCAUGCCCAGCAUGUCCACUCAAACCAUCCAAGUGCAGCUUCCCUGUUCGAAGGAGCUCUGGGAAGCCCGAACCGAAGAAGAAUGGAGCAAACUCUCGCAGGCCCGUAAGGAACCUCCUAAUUUCAACGACACGGUCAAGCAACUAGUUGAAGACGGAGACAAUCUACAAUGCGAGCCACUUGAUGGCCUCUCACUAACCCUCGUACUCCACGGACUUAUGUCCAUGUGCAACGACAUGGUCCACUUUGACAACCGAUCCAUCUACCUGGGCGACCUAGAAAAGGGUGAAGUCUCAUGGACCCCAUGGCGUCGACAAAUGACACAUGCCCUCGAAACAUGGAAAGCCAAGUACGACGCCUACAGCAUGGCCUCUGUGCAAACUAUGGCAGCCACCGUCGCUGCCGGUGGAGACGAAGAACGGACUCAAGCCAACUACCAAAAGGAAAGCAUUGCCCUUCUUGCGCUUUAUCACACCGCGCAUAUUGUGAUCAAUUGCAAAAUUCGUCACCUCCAAGCUGCCGCAGGUGCAAAGGCAAUUUUUGGACACAUCGUUAAUCCCCCAGAUCGGGAAGAGAGCAUGCGUUGGGUACGCCUGUGGAUCACGGAGCAUUCCAGCGCGGCUGACCACGCAGCCUGGCAUGCCGCGCAGAUGUUCCGGGAGGGCCUUCUUUACCUGAAACACUGGGAUGUGAACGGCUUAUUCCAUUACCCUUGGUGUUUAGUUAUCGGUACCUUGACGUGCUGGUCUUUCCACCGCUUUGGGGGGGAAGGGCUCGAGCCUUCGGCCUGCAACCAUCCUCCUGGAAGGGACAUACCCCAGGGUCAGUCUCAGGCGUUAAUGAAUCACCUUGUCUCGUUAAUGGCAUCUGUAGCGCCAACGAAUGUUCGUCGGACGUUGACGAAAUGUUGUACGCAUGGACUCUCCAUUGAGGUUGCGCGCUACCUGAAGAGCGUCCGAUGGACUGCAGCAUACGAAGCAAUGAAACUAUUAGAGGGACUCUCAGGGACAACGUAG